GGAGGGCGGGGGGCGGCGGAGAGCGACGCGACCCCCGGCCGCCCGCGGGUCGUAUGUUCAGGUCCAAACGCUCAGGGCUGGUGCGGCGACUUUGGAGGAGCCGCGUCAUUCCGGACAGGGACGGCGGAGAUGGGAGCGCGGCGGCGGCGCCGCGCGGGGACCCCAUGGCGGAGCGGCGCGGGGCCCGGCUCCGCGCCCCCGGCUCCGCGCCGGAGAGCGACGGCCGGACCGUGACCUGCUGCCUCUUCUCGGAGCGGGAGCCGGGCGGCCCCCAACCUCCCCCCGCCGCCGCCCCCGGCCCCGACGGCGCGGCCGACGGCGGCUCCCCGGAGCGGCGGGGCCGGGAGGCGCGGGCGCGGCUACUGCUGCUGGAGCAGGAGCUGAAGGCCGUCACCUACUCGCUGCUGAAGCGGCUGAAGGAGCGCUCGCUGGACAGCCUGCUGGAGGCGGUGGAGUCCCGCGGGGGGAUGCCCGGCGGCUGCGUCCUGGUGGCCCGCACCGAGGUGCGCCUGGGGGGCCUGGCGGCGCCCCCGCACCUUCUCCUGGGCAAAUUGUUCCGCUGGCCCGACCUGCAGCACCCCGCCGAGCUGAAGCCCCUCUGCGAGUGCCAGAGCUUCGGCGUCGCCGACGGACCCACGGUCUGCUGCAACCCCUACCACUUCAGCCGCCUCUGUGGGCCAGAGUCUCCACCACCUCCCUACUCUCGGCUGUCUCCUAAUGAUGAGCAAAAGCCACUGGAUCUAUCAGAUUCCACGUUGUCUUACACUGAAACAGAGGCUACAAACUCUCCCAACGUCACGCCCGGAGAUUUCUCAGACGCCAGCACGUCGCCCGAUGCCGUGAAGAGGAGCCAUUGGUGCAACGUGGCCUACUGGGAGCACCGGACACGCGUGGGCCGCCUCUACACAGUGUACGAACAGUCUGUCAGUAUCUUCUACGACCUACCUCAAGGAAACGGCUUCUGCCUCGGACAGCUAAACCUGGACAACAGGAGCGAGACUGUGAGAAGGACUCGAAGUAAAAUUGGCUACGGGAUUUUACUGAGCAAGGAACCGGACGGGGUGUGGGCCUACAACCGCAGCGAGCAUCCCAUCUUCGUCAACUCCCCAACACUGGACAUCCCCAACUGCAGGACUCUGAUCGUGCGCAAGGUGAUGCCGGGCUACUCCAUCAAGGUGUUUGACUACGAGAAGUCCUGCCUGCUGCAGCACACGGCCGAGCUGGAUUAUGCAGACGGGCCCUACGACCCCAACAGCGUCCGGAUCAGCUUCGCCAAGGGCUGGGGGCCCUGUUAUUCCAGACAGUUCAUCACGUCGUGUCCGUGUUGGCUGGAGAUCUUACUCAGCAACAACCGGUAACCCUCCGAGGAAAGGAAAACAUCGACGGCAACAAAACACACACACACAAAAAGAAAAAAAAAAAAAGACAAAAAAAAAAAAAAAGACACAGACUAUCCCAAAUAUCAUCUACCUAGAUUUAAUAUAAAGUUUUAUAUAUUAUAUGAAAAUAUAUAUUAUACUUGUAAUUAUGGAGUCAUUUUUACAAUGUAAUUAUUUAUGUAUGGUGCAAUGUGUAUAUGGACAAAAAACAGAAAAUGCACUUUGGCUUAUAUAAUUCUUUCAAUACAGAUUUUUAAAAAAAAGAAAAAAAAACAACAAAAAUUAUACAGCAAAAAUAGGAGAAAGCCCUAAUUUUGAUGUAUGGUUUUUUGAAAUAUUAUUAAUACCCAGACAAAAAGCUAAUACCAGUCACUCAUUGAUAAUAAAGUAUUCGCAUUAUGGGGGGGGAUUUGUCUUUUUUCUUCCCCCCCCAGCUGAAGUUGGCAGCAGUCAGGGGGGUUCCAGGGGGCAGCUGCUGUCCCAUCUCAGCCAGGACCCUGGAAAAGCAGUAAAUGAGUUGGAAGGCUGCAGCUGGCUCCAAGAGGAGGGUGAGUGAGGCCAGUUGGAGAGCCAGGGAGCACUGGGAGGAGGUGAUCUGUGGCUCUUCUCACCCAGGGCUGUCUGACCUCUCUGAUAACACAGAACAUGGUGAGAAUGAGGGUGCACAUCCAUGCUGUGCAGAUUAAUCUUCAUCAGUGCUAAUCAGUAGGUCUUGGAGCAAAGCAGAAUAUUGCACGGCCACAAAGCUGCCCAGCAGGACCAGUUUGGAUUUCUGGCCUUACCCAGGGGUUGUCUGUGAGCCCUGCACGUCCCAGAUGUGUUUGAUGGUUGAGAAACAAAUGGAGGUUUUGGACAACUCAUGUUUGGGUGGAUCCUCCACUGGAGCAUGGCCUGGAUUUUGGGAAUGUCUCCAGUGCCUCGGAGGAGCCAUGAGCAGCUUUGUCCCGUAGAUCUCCCAGUCUGUCAUCCAGGCAAUAAAUGAUCCAGGAGUGUUUGGGAAGAAUAUAUUUACUCUGAGGAGCAGCUGCAGCCAAAAAAAUGUCCUGGUCAGAUGUGCCGGUCUCAGCUGAUUUACUCUGCCUGGAAAUCCUGGAUAAAAUCAGCUCCUUUGCUCUGACUUGUGCUGGGCCUGGCAGGGGCAGGUUGGACACGGGCUGUGCUUGGUCAGGGAAGUUAUUUAUAGCCAGGGAGGAGCUCUGCCAAGUCCUGGAGUUCUGCUACAAUUCCAGUCUGUGCCUUUGAUUUCCAUAAAAUCCCAGCCUCUGGAGCCCAGUGACUGGGAAGCUUUCAAGGUUGCAGAGGAUAUUUUUGUCACCAUAUUCACAGAGAAAAAGAUUCAAUGAGACCUUAAAGAGUUAAAUAUGGCCUAAAUUUAUCACUCAGAAGCCUCCUGGUGCAUGUCAGGGUCCUGCACUUUGGCACCUGGCCCUGAUGUUCCUGCCACAGCCACGAGUGAGGAUGGGGAAUGACAGAAUUGUGGAAUCCUGGAAUGGUUUGGGUUGGAGGAGACCUGAAAUGUCACCUUGUUGUACACCUUCCACCAUCCCAGGGUGCUCCAAGCCCCAUCCAGCCUGGCCCUGGACACUUCCAGGGAUGGAGGAAGGUGGGGGCUGCAUCCCACAGGGAAACACAGGAACCUGGGUGGAUGCUGGAGAGAUCUGAGCAGGGAAUGUUGCAAUGACAUUCCCGCAGUCAUUUUUCAAAUUAUAACCAUAUUUGAUGUUUAAUUGGGACCACAUUGGUUGAAUUCCUGCAGCAUCAGUAUUAAUACUUGACAUCAUUAAUUUUUGUUUGUGUUACAGCCAUUCUUAGGGAACGGUGUCAAAACAUGUCACUCUCAUUUAAAGCAGCUUUCAAGAGCUUUGCAGGGGUUUUUUUAUCCCUUUGGCUUAAGUUUGGUGGGUCCUGCCAAACCACCCACCUCCUUUGCUGUAUCACUUUCACACAGUCUAUCAAGAGGCCAUUUUUAUGUUUUGGGGGCUUUUAAAAGAGAUUUUUCUCAAUACUGUCCUCAUUUUACCUGGGGAGCACCAGCAAACAUUGCUUUUUUUGUUUCCUUUUCUUUUCCCCAGCAUUUCCCACACCACAUUGACACCUUUGUUCCCUGUUCUCCUUGUGGAGCAGUGCCACCAUUUUCCACUUUCUACCCACUUCAUAAUUGUGGACAAAACAGCACCAAAGGAGGGAUUUGAGGGUUAACUGGCUUUCCCUUGUGCAAUCCACUGAUGGUGCUUAAUUCUCUUUUUUUUCAUUACUCAUGCACUUCCCCAGGAAUAAAUCUGGAGUUUUAUUUCAGUUGACAGCAGGGCUUUAAAGGGAAUAAAAAAGGAUUUUAUGGUGAGGCAAAAAA